AUGACCGGAUUCCAGACUCAAGGCUGGAAGAAGAAACAACAACAAGCUACUCGAGCAGCCGCACAGCAAGUUGGGAACCAACUGCCGAACAAGGGCUCCGCGUACAACAAGCCCAAGUUUCAGGGGAAACCCAACGCAAAAAACUUCCGUCAGAAAAACCCCAACUGUUCCAAUGAGAAUAGCGGGAACUACCCAAAGUCAAAGUUCAAAAAGAACAUGACGACUACGGGAGGCAAUGAUUUCAUUGUGAAUCUUGCUGAAGCGUUAAAGCAGGUCGCAAAACGCGGCCAUCAUCUCGCUGAAUCUAACGAUUACAGCACAGAUGAGGAAAAUGAAGAAGAACAAAUUUCGGAAGGCGAUGAAGAGGCUCCAACGCCUCCAAGACGCCUCCAAAAAAGAUUUGCAUACGAGAGCGAAAUCACCGGAGUCGGUGGCCAGAAAGUCAACACAUCCAUGGGUGGUCUACUCGUAGGCAAGAUGGAAUCUGUCACCAACAAAUCAUAUGCUUUCGCGACCCUUGCAACAAUCAUCCAGGACAAGAACGCUGCCUGUUAUUCAUCACGGGAGCGUAGCAAAAGGAACUCACGGUAUCAUCACUGCAAACAAGGAUUUCAUACCAUUCUAGUUUUGCCCUAA